AUGGAUGAACACGAGGGUACAUAUAAAGGAGAUCAUGUUGAUCAGGAGGAACGUAGUAAAGGAGAAGGGACAAUUAAUACUAUUAAUAAAACACAUGAAAAAAAUGAAACAGAAGUUCGAGUGUCUCCAUAUUUUAAACAGAAAUUACAGGGGCUCUAUACAAAUGCACUCGCUGAUGCUAAAAAUGAAUUAGGCAUGUUAGAUCAAGCUUUAGAUAAAUUAACUGAAAUUAAACAAGAAGUUGGUGAAAAGAAAUGUAAGUAUCCAUCGUCAUUGCGACCAAGUACAAUGCGACGUGGUAUGCUGAUGACAGUAUUACAACAAUAUGCAUUGGAUCAACCAGUAUGGAGAGGAAAACCAGGAGAACAACCACCUCCGUUAUGUGGUGCAAUACCUGCUGAUGAUAAAUAUAAAUGUCGUCCUGAUGAUCAAGUUGCUGCUCGUGUUAAUACAGAAACAGGAGAAGAGGAACAAUGGAUUUUAGCUGUUGUGGCAUCAUAUAACUCACAUUAUCAUCGAUAUCUUGUUGAUGAUAUUGAUGAAGAAGGACACAUUGAGAAGAAACGUUAUCAAGUUAGUAAAAGGCGUGUCAUACCAUUACCACAAUGGAAAGCUGAUCCAUUAACUACGCCUCAAGCUUUAUUUCAACCUGGUCAAAAAGUGUUAGCACUUUAUCCUCAGACAACAUGUUUCUAUCCUGCCAUUAUUCAUGAACAACCCAAACAAGUGGAUUCAGAGUAUUCGGUUUUAUUUGAAGACAACACUUAUUAUGAAGGGUUCCCUCCAUUAGAUGUACCACAACGAUAUGUAUUACCAAUGAGAGAAACAAGACAACUGGAGUAA